AUGAGAAGCACAGCGCCUGCAGCUGCAGAGGAGGCGGAGCGCACCCGUAAUUCGCAGAAUCUGACACGCGCAGAUUCUUCGGGUUCGACGGGGACCAGGGGGACCUCAAGCUCCGGAGAUAAGUGGUGGCAUAUUCACUUUUUCCAGGGCAUGAUAGACGAUAUAAAGAGGAGGGUGCCGUACUAUGCUAGUGACUGGAAAGAGGCGUGGGAUUAUCGCGUCGUUCCAGCGACGAUAUAUAUGUAUUUUGCCAACAUCUUGCCCGCUCUUGCAUUUUCCUUGGACAUGUUUGAAAAAACAAACAUGAGCUACGGAGUCAACGAGGUAUUGUUGGCCUCGGUGUUAGGUGCUGUGGUUUUCUCUUUACUUGCGGGCCAGCCUUUAGUUAUCGUUGGAGUAACAGGCCCAAUUACUGUCUUUAACUAUACAGUUUACGAUAUCAUGUCCCCGACAGGCGUCAACUACUUGGGUUUCAUGUGCUGGAUUGGGAUAUGGGCGAUGCUCAUGCAUUGGAUUCUCGCCGUUACCAACUCCUGCAACGCGCUGACAUAUGUCACUCGUUUCUCCUGCGACAUUUUCGGAUUCUACGUAGCCUUUAUCUACCUACAAAAGGGGAUUCAGGUCCUCACACGUCAAUGGGGUAAAUCUGGCGAAGCCUCUGCCUACCUUUCUAUCAUGGUGUCCCUUCUUGUGCUCAUGUGCGCUUAUAUCUGUGGUGCGGUCGGGGAAAGCAACCUUUUCCAGCGUUACAUCCGAAAAUUCGUUGAGGACUACGGCACUCCGCUUACUAUUGUGUUUUUCACGGGAUUUGUACACAUUGGCCGCAUGAGAGACGUGCCUGUUGAAACGCUGCCCACCAGCAAGGCUUUUUUUCCGACUCUCGACCGCAGCUGGCUUGUUAAUUUCAGGGAUAUGGACGUCCGGGACAUCUUCCUGGCGGGGACGGAGUUUCCGCUCCGAAAACCUGCUGGGUUUCACUGGGAUAUAUUUCUUCUCGGUUUAACGACAGGCGUGGCCGGAAUCCUUGGCAUCCCGUUCCCCAACGGCUUGAUCCCACAGGCGCCUUUCCAUACCGCUGCACUGUGCGUUACCCGCCAGGUCGCCGACGAAGACGAAACGAAUAAGGGUAAAUCGGUUCGCGUCAUAGAUCACGUCGUUGAACAACGAUUCAGCAACCUAGCCCAAGGUCUGCUCACGCUAGGUACUAUGAGCGGCCCGCUCCUUACCGUCCUUCACCUCAUCCCGCAGGGAGUAAUGGCAGGCCUCUUCUUCGUCAUGGGCGUCCAAGCCCUCCUGAGCAAUGGCAUGACGCAGAAGAUAAAAUUCCUAGCCCAAGACAAGAAAUUCACGCCGGCGUCCGAUCCGCUGAAACGCAUCGAGCGGAAACUGGCCAUCUGGGCAUUUGUGGGCAUUGAGCUUGUCGGGUUUGGCGCAACCUUCGCCAUAACGCAAACGAUCGCGGCCAUUGGGUUCCCCGUGUUCAUCCUCAUUCUCAUCCCUGUUCGGACGUCUUUGCUUCCACGCUGGUUCACACAGGACGAGCUUGUCGCGCUCGAUGCGCCUACUGCCAGCCCCUUCACCAUGGAGAGUGUGGGUGGAACGCACGGCUAUGGAGACAGUGAUGCAAUGGUUACGCCAGCGUCUGGAGAGGGUGGUGGGAUAUUUAUGUCUUCAGAUUCUGCGGUCGAGGAUGAACUGGAGAGGGGUGAGUCGUUCGAGCUUCAUUCCAGGUCUUCCAUGCGGCAGAGGAGUCGUGGUGAAAAUUAG